CCUCAGUGGCGCGAGAGUGAAACAAAAGACAGUCGGCCAUUGCUAAACGAUGUUUACAGAGUGGAUAUUUAUGAGGAGUUUAUUUUUGUCUCACCUUGUGAACCUGAGCUCUUCAGUAUUUCCUUUGAGUUAUUCAAAAGACCCUUCCUCUGGCCGAAAUGACGUGAAAGGAGCCUGAUAGUGGACAGGUUCAUGUUUGCGGUGCAAGCAGCCUCUGUUUCCAGCAGAGCCUCUGUGUGGGUCUAAAGGACCAUGUUUCGUCCUGGGGGAGAGAGAGACUUCCAGACAUCGGCUCGAAGGAUGGGAACAUCCCUGCUCUUCCAGCUGUCGGUUCAUGAGCGAGAGUUGGAUCUCGUGUUCCUUGACCACAGCUAUGCCAAACCCUGGAACGCUCACCCUGAUGCCAGCAGUGCACGGCCCACGCGCAUGCUGUUCAUCACCCCUAGACGGCAGUCUGACCCCUCUGUUGAUUCAGACAAUUCCAUUGACGUGGAGACAGUCACACCUACUGCAAUGCCUCUCUAUGACAAUCACAAAGCACAUAGUGUGAUGAACGAGUGUGAACGUCACGUUCUGUUCGCCCGAACAGUUGCUGACGGACCCCCUCCUCCGGAUGAUUGGGAAGAACACAUUAACAAGGCUGGCUGGUCACUGGCACAGAACAAGCUCUUUAAUAAAGUACUGAAGGCCCUUCAGGCAGAGAGACUGGGUAGAAUAGCCAAUGAUGGUGCCUGUAAUGAGCCCGUCUUGCGCAGGAUAGCUGUGGAUAAAUGUGCUCGUAAGGUUCGCCAUGCUCUGGCCAGCGUCAGCUGGGACUUAAAGCUUACUCAGUGGCUCCAUAGUACAUUGGUGGAGUCUCUGAGUCUUGCCAUGCUGGCUGCUUAUCUUGAUGUGCUUCAGACACUCAAAAGCAAGGUACCGUCACUGAUCGACAGGAUGUUGAUGUCAUCUUCAGUGAAAACAGGAGCAGCAGGGGCCGAGGCUCUUUCCCUGCUUCUCAAACGCCCAUGGGACCCUGCUGUUGGCGUACUCUCACACAACAAACCAAGUAAACUUCCUGGUUCUCCUCUGAUCCUGUUAGCUCCUUCAGGACCAACCAACCCAGCUUUAUCUACCUCUCGACGAAUGAGAUUCUGGCAAUCUCAACUCUCUUGUCUUGGGAAGGUUAUUCCUAUCAAUGUUCACGUGGGCAGUGGAGCUAACGUCGGCAUCACACAGUGUUUAGAGCACAUGAUCGGCACUAUCAGAGGAAAAAUUAUCGAGGUUCACAGUCACUUUCCUCACAAACCGAUCGUUUUGAUGGGCUGGAAUGUAGGGGCACUGAUGGCUUGCCAUGUGUCCCUUAUGGAAUACAUGACGGCAGUUGUGUGUUUGGGAUUCCCACUUCAGACAGUCAGCGGUUCACGAGGGGAUGUUGAUGAUCCGCUGUUGGACAUGAAGACUCCAGUGCUGUUUGUGGUCGGCCAGAACGCACUGCAGUGCAGCCCCGAGAACAUGGAGGAGUUCAGGGAAAAGAUACGAGCCGAUAACAGCAUGGUAGUUGUCGGAGGAGCGGACGACAACCUGAGGAUCAACUCCACUAAAAUGAAGACAGAGGGCCUGACCCAGACAAUGGUGGAUCGCUGCAUUCAAGACGAGAUUGUGGAUUUUCUUACCAGAGUUUUGACCCAUGCUGAAAGCCAUGCUCAUGGCUCCGGUGAAACAAGAGAUCUGGAUGCAGAGAAGAAGAAGAAACCACGUCGUGAGCUGCCCUUUGACCAUGAGAGAUCACAACCCUCUUCACCAGCUGUGAGGGUACCUAUCUCACCAUCAGGUUCAGAAGAUAUGUCCAGUGUUUGCAGUAGUCCUAGAGCCAGUCCCAAACCCAAGACCAUCGGUCUGUCUCCGGCUCAGAAAUCCAGCCUCAUUACUGCCACACAGCUCCUGAAGACCCACAUGCAGCGCUCAGGAACUGUGCUCACACACAAACAAGCACAAGCUCAGUUUGCUGCUUUUAUGAAACAUAAUAUGCUGGUGAGGAAAAGUAUUCCUCCUGGCAGCCCUUCCUGUCUCUUUGUGCCGGUGCCCAGUGAGCAGGUGGAGGGUUUGGACCGAGACGACCUGAGGCUCAACCUGAAGAGGAGACAGACUCCAAGUCCCACUCCCACCAAAGCCUCCAAAAGAGCCAAGAUUAAAGUCACCAUUGUCUCCCAAGGAGACACAGCGGGGGGCACAGCUGGCUCCACAGCUCAGGAAGUGGGUUUGUCAGGAAAGCCCCUUGGAGUGACAGUGGGCCAGACCGUAUCAGGGGCCAAAGAACUGUCUGAGCUGCUCAGUGCACAAAGGUUAGGUGGUCUGGGAGAGAUUUCUGGAGCUCUGGGUUCUAGUGAGGGGUCAUUUCAUAGCCUACAGGGCAGCAUGAUGUCCGGUUCUUCCUCUCCUGUCCAUGCGCAGGCCCCUUCAGCUGCUCAAGGUGUCGGGAGGGAAGCCCCAGGGGCAGAUCUUGAGCUCUCUCAGCCCAGGCAGUGGCACUGUAGUCCGGGCAGUACCAGUCGUGUCUACUGGCUCCGGGGUAACCAAAACCAUGGCCAUCCACCAACUCCUCACCAACGGCGGCCUGGCCAAACUAGCCAAUAGUCUGCCCGGACUGGCUCACGUCUCCAGCCAGAGCAUGGGUACGUCCUCAUCGAAACUGACGACACAGCGUUCCAAAAAGCGACAGCCACGAUGAGUAGGGAUUGAGGUCACUGAUGCAGCAAUCAGGUCAAAAGUCAAAUCCAAUUGUAAAGUUAGCACUGUUAUGCUAACAGUUUUUAUGCGGGUUGGUUAAAGUUGGUAAAUGUUUGGUAUGUUUUUAGCUAGAGCAAUAUAUAUAUAUAGUCAUCGGAGCAUGUAAAUAUGUACCAUAAAUGCCAACGUUUUUGUAGAUUUGUACUGGUUAAUGCAUGUAGAGAACAUUUGGUGAUAUUGGAUUCAGUCAACCAAUAUUUUUUACUUGCAUAUUAAUGUACUUUUUGACAUACAUUGGUUUUAGUAGUGGCCGCUAGGGGCCAACAUUUCACUGAAGCUGGACCAAAAUAUCGAUAUGGCAAUCAGUACAAUAAAAAUAAAAUAUUUUGAUAGUUUAAAUUCCUACAUCAUCAGCUUCAUUUGUCUGGUGUGCUAAAGAUAACCACCUCAUUAACUACAUUUCCAUCCAAGGUUUUUUUUUUGUGACAAAAAGUGUAGCACAUCAAAAAGUUUACCAAUAUAGCUGAUGGAAACGCAAAUUAUCGCUAAAAUUUCACAAGUGUUGACAUAAUAUUUUUAGCUUUUAACUCUAGCACAUAAACUCUAUGUCGAUACUUCAUAGAGUAUGGUUUGGAAAUACUUUUUGUCGAAAAAAUUGGCAUUAACGCAAAAAUAUAGUGUUACAUGACAGAAUUUACCCCAAUUGUUAGCCUGUGUUAAUCAUGACGACAAGGUAUACAUCCUUGAAAGCCAAUUUAUUGUACGUGAAGCAUUACUUGCACUGUUAUGAUUGGUCUUAAUGGCAUACCUGCACAGAUCUGAUGCUGCAAACACAUCUGUGUCAUGACACUUCCAGGAGUGCCAACACAAAUAUCUUGUAUCAUGCACCUGUCAUCGACAAGUGCACGGAGAACAAAUGAAUGGCCACUCUUAGCCAUCUGUUUAUUUAUUAAAGUUGCUUUUCCCACCAUUCAAAAUAAUAGACGGCAGUCAUGGAAUUAGCCCAAAAUACAAAAAAGAUAUCAUUUCUGUGCACUAACCCUAAAAAUAAAUACACAAUACUAGGAGAAAAUCUUCAGUGUGCUUUUUUUGGAACUAACAUAUAGCCCAAUUCUAUAAAUUAUUGUUUAGCUUACUUUAGAAAAAAUGCCGGCAAAAUUCCCUGUAUUAAAUUAAAUUACCAAAUGUAUAAAGCAUUAAAUUAAAAAAAUAAAUUACCAAACGAAAAAAUAAUAUUCUUAGACCUAUAUACUUAAAAUAAAAUUGCAUUAUGACGCUUAAAUCAAUUUUAUAUGACAAUCAAGGUCAGUUGGUCAUUAAAAGCUGCUGGACAAAUAUGCGGGACAUAAUGCAGUUGUGAUGGCAUUGCUUUAGAAUUGAUGAUUGAUCAAAAUAUCCUAAUGAGUAUCAGGAAUGUAUCAUAUGUAAUGUAUAUUACACCGCAUCAAUGUUUCUUUAAUAGCGGUGCACACAGCAUAUACACAUCACUGGAUGGUUCUUAUACUAAGACUGAAAGUUUCCCCCACUACUUGGUGCAGGUUGCCAGCUUGAACAGGGCCAUGACGAUUCGCUUUCGGGUCGGAACCGGUGGCAACCUGCGAUAGGCGCAACAUCAGGACCAAUAUUACAGUCCUAUCAGAAGGGCAACUGCUCCCUUUUGAUUGCAAUUCCUCGUCUUCUGAUUGCAUUUAUUUGUGAAAUUAAAAUUAAGCUGGCUAAUUCCAAUGAAUUGUCUCAAUACUCUCCCCAUUUUACAAAGACUUCAGGGGGAAAAAAUUAGGGACAUCUGGGAGGCGAAAGAUACACAAUUAGUGAUUAUACACACAUUUCUGUAUGGAAACGGCUUAAGGGCAGAUUUCUUUUGCGAUAAACUAAAACUUAUGCGACAAAAUGUUUUUGUUUUUUUUUUAGGCAUGACGUCAUCACGCACACCAUUUUUAUCGAUAAAAGGCCAUUUGAAUGGAAACAGGCAGAAGACGGCAAAUUUCCCAAACAUUUUUUUAUGCAUUUUCACUUUGUCGAUAACAAAACAGAGUGAAAAUUGGAUGGAAA